AUGGCAAACUACAAACGACUGACCCGUGAUGUUGAAUACUUCAUCAGAAAGGAAUAUCUGGAAAGAUUGAAGAAGAUCGGAGGUGAUUUUUCAUUGCCCACACGAUCACUAAAUAAUUCCAAUAAUUCCUUCAUGCUAAUUGUGAAUCCAAUGAUCAUUUCUCAACAUGUAUUUUCUUACUUUGAAGCUUAUUCAUCUGAUUGGACUCGAUUCUUGUUGGUUUGUAAAGAAUGGUUUGAAUGUAUUGUCAUGCAGGACGAUGGAUUGUUGUGGAGAGAAUUGUACAGAAGCAUGCUCAACGGAAUGACUAAAUAUUAUAAAGUCCUUUCGCCAUUCAAUUCAUUGAAUUAUCAAUUGGAAAGCUUUGAUUCGAUUCGCCAACAAGAUGUGAAUUCAUAUCGUGUGAAUGAGGAAAAUUGUAAUGAUGAGAAAUUUAAGGAAAUUCCAGACAAGACAUGGAAGGAAAAUUAUGACGACAUUCUGAUUCAUAGUUUGGGAUUGAAGAAACUCGAGACUGAAUUCGAUUCCAAGACUACGAGAUAUAUUGCCAGAUGCUUCCUAGAUGCUGAAGUCAAGUUUAGAAAUAGAGGAGAAUUAGCAAGUGUCAGAGAACUCUUCCUACACAAAUUCCUAUUUGAUGCCAUCUUUCCAAUGAUUUUAAAGAAUCGAGUUGAAAGUCAAAAAUAUGAAAAUCCACUAUUAAGAAGUGAUUUGAAAAUUUUGGAAAAGAAAUUGUACUUUGUUGAGACAUCAUGGUGUAUUGAUACCCUUUUAAAUAUUAUGGAAGUUAAAAAGGGACUCAUGUUGAGAAUUUCAUACUUGUCGAGUGAGGAUGGACUGGUUCACCACCAAUUCUAUGGAACCACAGAGAAUGAUAGAAAUUUGAAAUUCUUAAUUGAUGUAGAGGAGAGCUCGAUCAUUCUAGAUGCCAUUCCUGUUGACAUUCACCAAAAUUUGAGACACAGCACAGAGUUCGAAACUAUUCAAUUAGCCACUGGAAUGGAUUCCAUCAUUCAUGAAGAAUUCACUCAUUAUCUUACAACUUUACAAGAAUUACUUGAGAAAAAGUUUGGUAACAUUCACUUGGCUGAAUUAUUCUGUAAAUAUUGGUACUGUAUCAAUCGAAUUGAAGACCCAGUUUCGGUCUCUUUCUCUGAUGAAAAUCCAUUCUGGUUCUUGGAUAUUCUCUCCAAAAAGGCAAAAACCUCAAUCGAGAAGAAAUUCUUAGAUUCACUCUCAGUUUCAUGUGUUUCAAUUCUUACAAUGUGCAGACAAACUCAAAAAGAUUGGAUAUCACUUUCAUCCUUUCAUCUUGGAAUUGAAGAUAAGAAGAAGAAGAAGAAGAAACAGGAAACCCAACCUGAAACAACAAUAACUCUACCUAAACCAACAACACUCAACAAUAACUCUAAUAACUUUUCAACAACAACUACUCUAAACAUGUUACAAGCAGAUUUGAGUAUUCUAUCCGGUAACAACACUUCCACCACUCAACAAGGAAGAGCUGGAGGUCUUAUUCUUGGUAAUGGCAAUAACAACCUCUCCUCUUCUCCUUCACCUUCUGGUGCUGCUACUUCUUCUUUAUUGUCUUCCUCUCCACACUUGAUGGGAAGUAUUCAUCAUUUGGUAUCUGAUAAUUCUAAUAUGAACAUGAAUAAUAGUAACAAUAACAAUUUGAUGCCUGCUAAUAAUUUGGUGGGCGUUGGUGCUUCCUAUUCAUAUUUAUUGAAUAAUAUGAAUAGUAACAACAACAAUAAUAAUACUAAUAAUAAUAAUAUGAUUAAUAAUAAUAUGAAUAAUAUGAAUAAUAAUAAUAAUACUAUUAAUUCAUCUACUAAUGGUGGAAUUAAUAGUGGUAAUAAUAAUAACUCUUAUAUGGAGUAUCAACAAUUGUUGUUUGAGAGACAGAGUUUGAGUCCUUUCCAACCAAUCAUUCCACUCACUAUCAAAUUAUUAGAUGAACGUAUUCAAUAUUAUCAAAAUUCAUCCAUUCUUUCUCAACAACAACAAUCGAAUACUGUUUCGAAUAAUCCAUCUCCUAACCUAAAUGCUCAACCUCCAAAGAAGAAACUUAACUCUCUCGUUGUUCACCAACCACCCAUUCUCUACAAUCAACAAACAACAUCUCUUACAAGUCCAACUCUAUUGAACAGUGGUAUCAAUUCUAAUAGCACUCCAACUCCAACUCUUGGUACUGCCUCCUUGUUGAGUGAAUUGGUUGCUGCUUCAAAUAAUAACAGCAGCAGUACUGGUAGUACUAAUUCUACUGCUAGCACUACUCCAAAUGCACAACAACAAUUGACUACUUCUUCAAACAAUGGUGGAAGUAGUGGAAAUGUGAGUGCAUCUUCAUUGAUUGAUGAUGAAUCUCCAUUCAAUUUAUCAGCUUCUGCCAAUGCUUCCUUUUCUCUAUUCAAGAGUCCUAGUAAUGCUGGUGGAAACUCAACUAUUGGAGCCAAUUUGCAAAUUCUCAAGGGAAAUUCCCAACAACAAUUGAACAUUAAUAAUAAUGGAACCAUGCCUCCUCCUCAGUCUCCUGCCAUGAAUAUUCCAACCAACAAUAAUAGUAUUGCAGUCAAUAAUUCACAACAAUCAUCUAAUAGUAUUGUUGUCAAUAACUCUGCCAAUAAUACUUCUACUACUCCUUCCGGAAAUAAGGCAAGCAUUGUUGUUGUGGCAAGUAAUAAUAAUAGCAAUAGCACAUCAACAGCUCCUGGAGCUAAAAAGUUGCAAGAUGGAACUACAAGUAAGAUUAUUUCUGCUCUCGAUGUUGGUUCUUCAAUCAUGACUCCAAAUAGCACAACUACACCAUCCCCAACUGGUUCUACUCAAUCAUCAACUGCCUCUGAUUCAAUUGGUGGUAGUGAUGAGUUUACCUUCCUUAGAUAUGAGAAUGUGGACAUUAAGCAAAAGAUUGUCAAUUCCUAUACUGUUCUCUUGUUCAUUCCUCAAGCAGAAUUCCCAGAGUACAACUUUAUUGGACGUAUUUUAGGUCCAAAGGGAAGUUAUUUAGAUCAAAUUAGAAAGAAUUCCAAUUGUUUUAUUAGAAUUAGAGGUAGAGGAUUGAACUUGAACAAUGGAAGUCCAAUUCCACAAAUGCCACUCGUACAAAGCAAUCCAACCAAUGACAGUGAUGUCUAUGCAUCAUAUCCACUCCAUGUCUUUAUUGAAGGUAAGGGACAAGCAACCAACAAGAGAAAGAACUUGCAAAAGGGAAUUCAACUCAUGCUUCCUCUUCUUGUUCCAACUGAAUAUGAAAAGGACAUUUUGAAGAGAUGGCAAUUACAACAAUGGAGAAAUGAAAAGAAUUCAAAUGGAGAUAAGAUGGUCUCACCUCCUCUCCCUCUUCCAAACUCAUUUAAUUCAAGCAAUGCUGACUUGAUUUACUCGUCCUCUCCAACUAAUAUUGGAGGACAACCAGGUGGAUACAAAGAUUCAGGAAGUUACAGCUCUCUCUCUUACGAUGAUGAUGAGGGCGAUUUUGAUAAUGAGCUUUCUGAAGAUAAAUUGAGUCCAAACAGCACCAACUAUUUGAACAGAUAUCACCCAUAUCGUUCUCAUAUUUAA